ACCAUCCAAGGACAAAUCAAAUCGCUCCUCGAUGCCAUACAUUCUCAUCCGCGGUAAUCUUGCGUCCUACGGUCACAAGCAUCCAUUUCGCGUGCUCGUUUCCGGGCUGAAGGCGGCCGACAUUGAACAGCUGAACCGUUUCCCAUGCGGAGGCUACAGUGAUGAGUCCACCGUCGUCUAUCUACAGCAUCCAUGCGUAAUGCUGACGGCACUGGAGGUGCUCGGGUAUCGUGUCGUAGCGUCCUCGUCAACAGCCGUCAAGCAAGACUACAACGAGUACAUGUGGACGAUGCGGAAGGAGUUCAGCGAUCCCGAACCGUACCUGAGCGAAACGUCCUCGGCGGUGAUUGAGCGAGACAAUCUCGCCAACAGCGGCCGGGAGGGUGGCAACUUUAACGGUGGGAACAGUAAAAUCGAUGUGCCCGAAUAAAA